CACAAUUAUUGAGAAUAUCAUGUCAAUGUAUACUAUUGUAUACCGAAAUUAAAUGAGGAAAAAUGGGGAACGAUUUUUGGUACUACAUCAUGCCUUUUACCUUCCUCACCUGCGUCCAUUAAAAUCUGAGACGUUCAGGAUUUUCUAGACUUCUUCAACAAACAAGUCAGGCGCUUUUUUUCUAUCCACAGCAUUACAGUUCACUUCAGGUUGCAGGAUGUCUGUAAAACACGACCUAAUCGAUUUAAACGCUGACGCCGUUUCUGUUGACCGAGAAAAAGAGGUUGAUACACCUGUGAUUGGUGAUUUUAAAGCUGAAACCCUAGAGGAAUGUUCUAAUGAUCAGGUUAAGGUUCAGGAUACUGUAGUUGGUCAAGUUAGGGUUUGUGGUUCGGCUGAGGUGAUUUGUGAUUUGAAUAUUGGUGCAGAUGAUGUUAGCAUGAGUAGUGGAGAUAUUGGAAGAGAAGUGGAUAUAUUAGAUAGUGUAAUUGAUGUGAAAAAAGACAAUGAAUUUUUAGAUAGGGAGCUUGGUGUGGAGGCCGCUGAAUGUAUGGGUGGAUGUGGUAAUGAUGUCUCUAUGCGUGAUGAUCAUAAAGCAGAGUGCACUGAUGUGGUUGAAAGAGCUUCUGGGCAAGUAGGAAUGAAUCAUGAUAUGAAUGGUGGGCUUGUUGGGGAGGUAUUGGAGCAAGGGAAUGGUAUUACCGGGAAUUCAAGCUCAUCUGAUCAGGAUGCGAGACAGUCACCAACUAACAAAUCUGAGGAGGUAACUUCUGAUGGCUUGGAAAAUCAGGUGCUGGAAAUUGAUGCACAUCCAAAGUAUAAUAAGGAUCAGCUUGUGGAUUUUCAGGUUUCAGAGAUGGAGACUUCUUCAGAUGUUUUAAACGGGCCGUAUGGGGUCACUCUUGAGGUGGAUUUGAAUGCAUGUUGUCCUACAGAUGGAAAUGUGGCUGAUAGGAGUAUGAAGUUGAUUCCCUCAAAACAGAAUUACCGUGCACCUGACUUGGUGUGGGGUAAAGUAAGGAGCCAUCCUUGGUGGCCAGGGCAGAUAUUUGCUCCUUCGGCUGCAUCAAAAAAGGCAAAAAAAUAUUUUAAGAAAGAUAGUUAUUUAAUUGCUUAUUUUGGGGAUCAGACGUUUGCCUGGAAUGAACCAUCAAAAAUAAAACAUUUUCGGGAUCAUUUCAUGCAAAUGGAAAACCAAAGCAGCCUGGAAGAUUUUCAUUGUGCUGUUGAUUGCGCCUUGGAAGAGGUUUCCAGACGGGUGGAAUUCGGGCUAGCCUGUUCUUGCAUCCCUGAAGAAGCUUUAACUGAGAUCAAAACUCAGAUUAUAGUUAAUGCUGGAGUCGAGAAAGAGUCGAGCACAAUAGAUGGUGGAGACAGUUACUCCAAUGCAGCUUCUUUUGAUCCUGUACAGCUUUUUGAGCGUGUAAAAGCAUUAGCACAGUUGUUACAUUAUAGUGCGGCUGAUAGGCUGGGUUUUGUGACAAUAAAAGCUCAAUUGUCAGCAUUCUAUCGUUGGAAGGGUUAUUUUCAACUGCCUGAAUUCAAUGUACUUGGCGGGUUGCUGGAUAGUGAUGCUGAAAUCCCAAUUUCAGGAGAAUUGAAGCACAGUUCAGAAGUAACGGAAAAUGCUGCUCCUGAUUCCAAAGAUGACAAGCAAGCAUCCUGUGGAUCAGGGAUGUCAAAUAGUCAAGAUGGUUCUUCUCGUAAGCGGAAGCAAAUCUCUAGGGAUACUGCAUGUGCAAGCAGAAAAGAGAAAAGUUUGUUGGACUUAUUAGCUGAGAGGUCCACAAUUAUGUCCAAUGGUAAAAGAGAAUCAGAUGGUAAAGAUGGUAAGUUGAUUUCAUCAACUUUUGGUAAGAGACAAAAGGCAAUUGAUUCCACAUCUGAUGACGUAACUGCAAAACAUAGGAAUUUGGAUUCUGUUUCUGACAAUAUGACUGUGAAACAAAAGAAGGGUGAAAUGAUGCGUGUGAAACAUGAGAAGAGUGAUUUGUCAACUGGGGUUGAUAAGUGUUUACCAAAUAAGAGAACUUUCGGUUUUGGAGUUGGAAAUAGCAUACUGAAGGUUGCAAGCCAGCUGAAUGGGUUAAGUCCAAUACUAAAGUGUCAGGAUGGAACAUCUCCAAAAACUGUGGUUAACAAUAAAAGAAAUGAGAAAUCUGACUUAAGAAAUUCUCAAUGUAAAAAGCAAUUUCUAGCCGAGGGUUCUUCAACUGUUGACUUCCUGUCACAGCUUUGCUUGGCUGCCGGAGAUCCCAUGACCAGAUACAGCUUCUUGAUGUCUCUUGUUAGUUUUUUCUCGAAAUUCAGGAAUUCAGUCAGCCUGGAACUGUCUCAGGGAGACGUUUCUGGUGACAGAACUAAGAAAAUGUUGACUAAGUCUGAAACUGCUGAGACACCUGAGUCAGACCUUAUUAAAGAUAGUGUAAUUGAAAGGAUACCUGAAGAACAACAACCUCUUGAGAUUAAAAAUCAAGUUGAAGUGUUGUGUAGUGACCCAAGCCAAAAGGAUGUUCCCCUUGUUGAAGCACAAUCAGCUGUUCAUUUAAGUGCCAAUAUGGAUUCUGGAACUGUUGGCGAAACUCUUGAAUUGGAAGCAGUGAAGCCAGCGGACCCCUUGGAUGGAUGCUGUAAUGAAGAACUCUCUCCCACGGCUUUGAUUCUAAAUUUCACAGACUCAGAAUCUGUUCCAUCGAAAGAAAAUCUGAACGAUAUAUUUGGCCGUUUUGGACCUUUGAACGAAUUAGAGACUGAAGUAUUGAAGAGUAGGCGUGCCAAAGUGGUUUUCAAGAAACGGAAAGAUGCAGAAACAGCUUUUAGCAGCGCUGGGAAGUACAGCAUAUUUGGGCCCGCACUUGUUAGUUACUGUCUGAAAUACAUGUCUUCUACCACAAGUAAAGCCUCUUCUCGCUCAAUAACGAAGCGAAGCAGAAAAGUUGCAAUAUCUAUAGAGGGAAAUGCUACCUGAUACCGCAAAUUCCGAUAGAUUCUUGUAGUAUUAAAGUUUUAGGCAUUUCUUCUCAGACGUGUAUUUAAUAUAUAAGUUCCUUUUUGUUAGCAUGAUGGAGUAGGACCGAUCAAAUAGUUAAUUUAGUCUUAAUGCUCUGGCAGUAGAUAUAGUUGUGAAACUUGACCUAAUUGCUUAUAUUUUUAUUUUCUAUCAAAAUGAAAGAUCUUUAUGAA